AUGCGAUCCUUUCUGUUCGCGACGUUGGUCUCGCUCGUGGCUUCGCAGGCCUUCGAGGCUGCCGACUUCAACGUCACCGAGGCUCUUCUUGAUCAAGGGGUCAAUGUCUCAGCAUUGCCAGAGUUAGCCAGUCUUGUGGAGCGAUCUUCGAAUUUGGCUUGCAACAUUGCCUGCUCUUCACUCGAAACAAUUUACGGAAACAAGUCUAUCGAAUUCGAAAAUGAGGCUGGCUACUCCGCGUUCACAUCCGGAUUCUGGUCUGGAAUCUCGGCUGAAGUGCGACCAUACUGUGUUUUCAAGCCAUCGAGCCCUGCUGCGGUCUCUGUAAUGGUGCUCCUGUCUCGCUUGUCACAAUGCCCAUUCGCCGUCAAAUCAGGUGGCCACAGUGCGUUUGCUGGCGCAGCUACUAUCGAGGGAGGAAUCACUGUGUCUUUCGAGAACAUGAAAGGCAUCAAGCUCUCCGGUGACAAGAAGACUGUUGCGGUUCAGCCGGGAAACAACUGGGGCAAUGUUCUCACCACCUUGUCGACUACCGGCGUGACAGUCGUAGCUGGUCGAAUUGGUGAUCUCGGUGUUGGCGGCCUGACUCUUGGUGGUGGUAUCUCGUUCAUUACAAAUGAGUACGGUCUGGCUUGCGACAACGUUGCCAGCUUUGAUGUCGUCACAGCAAGCGGUGUCAUAGUCACAGCUAGCCCAAAAACUUUCCCAGACCUGUAUUGGUCUCUCCGUGGCGGGGGCAACAAUUUCGGCAUUGUAACCAGUUUCAACUUACUGACGAAACCCCUUAACAACGAUCAAAUCUGGGGCGGAACCCGCGCCUUCACCGAAGACGUCUUUCCGGAUGUAGUCAAAGCAUGGAUCGACCUAACGCUCAACUCAGCCGAGGAUCCCAAGGCCGGCAGCUGGAUUGCCUGGAUGAACGCCGGCGCAAAGCUCGCUUCAACCGAACUAUGGUACAGUGCACCGGCUGGCAACGAAUCUGCCAUCCUCGCACCUUUCUACAAUAUCACUGCCGUAUCUGACAACACGAAAACACGGGGCCAUGCUUCGUACGUGGUAGACAACGAAGCUAGCAACACGUAUGGGCAGCGUGAAAUAUUCUACGAUAUUACCGUGAAAGCCUCGUACGAGAUUGCUCAGCGCUCCGUGGAUAUAUUCUUCGACGCGAUUGAUGCUCUUUCUGCAGUUGAAGGCGCAUUCCCUGUCCUCAUCUGGCAACACAUCACCGAUGGUUCGCUUAAAGGCAGUACCCGCAACGGCGGCAAUGCGAUGGGCUUCGACGCCAACGGUAGCCCUAUUCACAUCAUCCAGCUAGCAUGCUCCUGGAAUAAUGCUGCGGACGACGAUACAGUGUACAAGGUCAUGUCGGAUAUCAUGAAGGCCAUCAAGAGCGACGCGGUGAAGUUGGGUGUGCAGAACGACUGGGUGUACAUGAACUACGCAGCGAUGUUCCAAGAUGUGAUUGCGAGCUACGGAUCGGCUAGUAAGAGUAAGCUGAAGAAUAUUGCGAAGAAGUAUGACCCGACGGAGGUGUUCCAGAAGCUGCAACCUGGUUCUACCACGUACUUGGCCCGCCAUCCCAGAGACCACACCAUAGUGACUAAUCCAAUUCUGCAGCCCUAUCAGGAUCCGUACAUGAGCCCUGCUCCACCGCGCAUCUCUCGCGAGAUUCAAGGCAACUUUCCGAUUGAGAGCACAAAGCUCAUCGACCUUGAAUGUGGUGGCAACACAACCGGCGGGAUUAUCGGAUCAAAGCCCGCUCCUCUGCACGCUCCGGCACCAGCUGGAUCGACUGUCAACUUGCGCUGGACAGCAUGGCCAGAGAGUCAUCAAGGUCCGCUCAUAACCUAUAUGGCGAGAUGUCCCGAUACUGGAUGCAACGACUACACCCCCUCCUCCUCUCCAACACCCUCCUGGUUCAAGGUCGCCGAGGACGGUUUGCACUCCACCGACCCAUAUUGGCUUAAGAACCAAUGGGGUCUGACACCGCUCAUCAGCGCACCGAAUGCGGGUGUUGACUACACGAUCCCAGCGUGCUUGAAGCCUGGUUACUACCUUGUGCGCCACGAAAUCAUUGCGUUGCACAGCGCGUAUAACGAGGGCGGAGCGCAAUUCUAUCCUGGGUGCCACCAGCUAGAAGUCACUGGCAAUGGCGCGACGGUGCCGAAAGAGGGCUUAGUGAGCUUCCCGGGCGCGUACGACAGUAAGGAUGCGGGCCUGGUGUAUAGCAUCUAUAACCAGCUGCCGUAUAAGAUUCCGGGACCUGCAGUGUUCGAGUGCUAG